GCCGUGCAUCGUCAUCUCCCUCCUCUCGGAUUCUGAAUUAUGGGUUGCUGCUCAUCCCGCGCUCCUGGCCAACACGAAUGGCAGGCCAAUGUUCCUGGCUCCUACAAGCAAAAUCCUGUGCCCGUUGUAAACCGUAAACAAGAAGUUCCUCCCGACUUCUUUCAAAAGUGCUUUAUGAAGGGAUACCUCAAAACGUUGCCAAAGAAGCAAAAAAUCUGGUGCAUGAUUCACGAAAACAACUUUUACUUCAUGGACAACCAAGAUGACACGGAACCUCGCAAGUUCUUCUGCUUCGAUGGAUGCCUGGUAAAUCUCAAGGGAAAGGAGCUUGAAAUCCAGACUGCUGAGCUCAUGGGUGGAUCGGUUCCACGUGCCACUUACAAGUUUGUCGCCGAUGAUGAGGAAAAAGCACUGGAAUGGUACGAGGCAGCCCUCAAGGCAUCUAGCCGACGCAAUUAAAUCUGUCACGGAGGGAAUCGUUAUGGCAUGAAUGGAGAUUGGAAAGGACUGCCAGAUCUCAAUGUGUCUGGUGGAAGGCGCUGAUAGUGAAAUUGACGAGUUGCAAUGAGCAUCUUGGAAAGUCUCCAUGAGUUUUGGCGUUGAAACGAGGUGAAGUUUUGCUACAUGUCACCUGUUUUGUAUAGUGCUAUGUUGUAUGCAUCAUUGAUGAAGGUGGAGAUACGAUCAUUUACACUGCGGCAUGCAAAAGAGAUUUCAAAUUCUUAGAAAUAAAAUUAUAGUUCAUCGCA